CCAAUCUCAGACAUUCCCUCGCCAUUUUUCGAAACUUCCUCAGUAGAAACCGCCUCAUGAUCACGCACCAUGCAGUUAUUCUGUUUGUCCUUGUGCCGGUCGCACAGAGGCUUAGGGGAGAGCUUGGGGACUUCUUUGCUGGCUGCAUCUUCACGGCAGAACUGAGUACUCCAUUUGUGUCGCUGGGCAGAGUUCCGAUUCAGCCAAAGCAGCAGCACACCCUGCUGUACAAGGUGAAUGGAAUCCUCACGCUGACCACCUUCUUCGUAUGUCGGAUCCGCCUUUUCCCCUUCAUGUACUGGUCCUACGGCCAGCAGCAGGGACUGAGCGUGCUCCAAGUGCCCUUCCACAUUCCUUUCUACUGCAGUGUGGCCAACGCCUUCCUCAUCGCUCCCCAGAUCUACGAGUUCUCUCUGCUGUGCAAGAAGGCAUCCCAGCUCUUUGAUGCUCCCCCAGCCAAAAAGGAUGGUUAAUUGCUCCCAUGAGUCAGGCAGUGAGGGCGCCUCCUCAUACUCGCUGCCUUGCCCACUCAGUGCUCCCGUGGACCAAACUGCAGAUUGUGCCCUGCGUGGCCUCAGCCUUUUGGGUAUUGACAAGCAGAGGGAUUUGAGUUUUUUUCUAAAGAGUAUUCCUAUCACCUCCCGCAUCUAACCUGCCCCUUUUGCAAGAGCAC